UUACACCUCAUGUUAACAGAUCCCGUCAGAAAAUCUCUGACAUGAGCUGCACAGAUGGAAAGAGACGAAAAGCUAGAAAUGGAUUUUAACGAUAAAGAGACAAACAUGAGUAAUAGCAGUGGUACCAUGGGUGAGUUGAAAGGCGAGAAUGCUACCGAUACCGAAAACAGAGAUGGUCCUUUUAAGAAACCUGCUACAUUCGCAGCUCCAUCCGUGGCGGGCAAAAGAGGGAACAUUUGCUCAGAUAAGGAGGCCUCCGUUUCAGGCAGUCAAGUUGUUUCAGUAUUCGAGAAUGUGAAAAAGAACCAUGGACCACAUGAUGAUCAGGAAUCACAUUCUACAGGCGAUGCCUUGAGGGAGAAUGUGUCUCCUGAAAUUGGAGAAACAACUUCUGAUGGCUGUAACAACAUUUCAGAUGGAGGCACCAGUAGUAGUUUAUCUGCGCUAGCGAUACAAUGUGUCAAACAGAAACAUAAAAUUCCUCCCCCAGGUAAAUUCAAACCAAACCCUCCACUUCCCUACACCGAGCCUCUUUGGGGAGGUGUUGCAGAGAUACCAUAUGCACUAGAAAUACUCAAAAACGGUUCAAUUGUUGACUCUGUUCCACUUACUCAACAAGGCUAUUUUGUAGUUGGACGCUUACCCCAGUGCGAUAUAGCCCUGGAACACCCAUCAAUCUCCCGUUACCACGCAGUUUUGCAGUACAGGGGGCAAAGCGGAGAAGUUGGAGAGGUUGGUGAAGAGACCGGUUUCUACAUUUAUGAUUUGUCUAGUACACAUGGCACCUUCGUCAACAAGAAUAAAAUACCUCCGAAAACCUACAUCAGGCUAAAAGUAGGACAUGUCCUGAAGUUUGGAGUUAGCACUCGACUCUUCAUAUUACAGGGUCCAGAAGCUGACGAAGAAACUGAGUCUGAAUUUUCCAUCACGCAACUGAGAGAGAGAGCCAAGAAGCAGCAAGAACUUCAGAAGAAAAUGAUGGGUGAUGGAUCUGAUGAGGAGGAAGAAGAGAAGGAUGGUGAAAAAGCUGUCAGAAGCUCAGGCAGGAGCAACACAGAUGACGCUGGGUGUUCUUGGGGAAUGGGAGACGAGGCAGCCCCAGAAGAUGAAAAUGAAGAGAACCCAUUUGCAACAGAGUUCCAAGAGGACCAGGAGGCGGCCUACCUCAAAGAUCCCAAGAAAGCACUUCAGGGCUUUUAUGAUCGUGAAGGGGAGGAGCUGGAGUUUGAAUAUGAGGAGAAAACCCACGGCUCUUGGCUUUGCAGAAUCAGCCUGCCUGUGGAUGACGUUAAUGGCAAGCAACUGGUUGCUGAGGUAACUCACACAGGAAAAAAGAAGGAGGCAGCUAUCCAGUGUUCCCUGGAGGCUUGCCGUAUCCUGGAAGCCCGAGGUCUGCUCAGGCAAGAAGCAAUUUCCCGCAAGAGAAAAAAGAAAAACUGGGAGGAUGAGGACUUUUAUGAUAGCGAUGACGACGCCUUCCUGGAUCGGACUGGCACUGUGGAAAAGAAGAGGAAAGAACGCAUGAAGAGACUAGGAAAGGUUGAUGAUCGGCCAGAUUCCUAUGAAACACUGACCUUGAAGUUGGCUGAGGUGGAGAGAGAGAUAACAGAAACAGAGAUCAAACUCAACUCUUCAGGGAAAAGUGGUGCCAAGACUUCAUCUGAUGACCCCCUGGAUGCCUUUAUGAAUGUGGUGUGUAGUGAGAGCAAGCUGGAUGGAGUGGAAAGGAAGAAGCUGCAUAUUCAUAUGGCUGAGCUUCGCAAGGAGGCCCAGCGCCUGCACAGACUGGUGGAUCUUACACGGCCCACUCAACUUCCCUCUCUGCAGACAUGUGGAAGCUCAUCGAACCAAGAGAAGCCAAAGAAAGCAACUUUCCCCAUGUUUGGUGCCAUGAAGGGAGGGAGCAAGUUCAGACUGAAAACUGGAACCAUCGGGAAAGUGCCUCCAAAGCGAGCCAAUCUCCCCCCUGAGCUCUUCAACAUGAAGGAGAUGCUCCCAGGGGCUGCGGAGGAGGAAGAAGAGGACAUGGAGGAGGAUCCGCAGGACAAUUUGUCUAUAGUAAGGGGAGAUCAUGAGACCAAUGACAUGCCUAUGUCAGACAGAGUUGAGAAGGAACACCAUCAUAACCCAGAAGACACAAUCAGGCCUGAUCCAGACUCUGAAAAAGAAGAUUUGGAAGCACCAAGAAAACAAAUUCCAAAGAAGAAUAAAGGGAAGGUUAUCGGCCCUUCCAGGCCCUCCAGUACCCUGUCAGCUAAGUACCCUGAGGAUGACCCCGACUACUGUGUCUGGGUACCACCAGCAGGUCAGUCUGGGGAUGGCAAGACCCAUCUCAAUGAUAAGUACGGCUACUGAGGAUAUUGGCUCUGAAGAAUGUCAAAUACUGAGUUACCAAAUGAUCUUCAAUGAACCCUACCAGGCUUCAGUUCAUCUUCCUCCUCCUCCUGCUCCUGCUCCUUGUUUCUCUGUAAGCCCUCUUACACCAAGAGAGAAGGUUCGCCUUUCUGGAUGCAGUUCACUCAAAAAGAUCAAAGCCUCUGUAUAACUGUUCUCUGUAUUGUGUCAAAGCACUGUAUUCAUUUCAUUUUCAUUGUGGUAAAGGUCUUCCUAGUUGUUUGACAGAAUAUAGGAGUGUGUGGAAACAUGUGUGGAAAGAGGCCUCUGACUGUCACAGGUUUUUGUUCAGGCCUGGCACGUUGUUUAGUCCAACUCCUUGUCCUGUGUCUGUGCUUAUGUGUUUUGACUUGGUCAGAGAAAAGCAGGGUAGGUAUCCGUAUGUCCCAUUGUAAAUCUCCAGAACUCCCUCUAACAUGUAAUACAUUUUUGAGAGUUAAUGUAGUGUCUCUUUUGAUAAAUAAAUGAAAGUCAGCCAUUGA